CAGCCCUAUCCAGUCAUUAUGUUCAAAUUACAGAAUCUGGGAGAACCAGGAUCCAUGUAGCCAGAUGACAUCAACCUCUGUGAACCUCUGUUGGGACGCCUGGAGUCAUAAAAAGCCACUUUGCCAAUAGAGGAAAAGAUGAGAAAGGAAGGGGCCGAAUCUCCAUCCGACAGGCAGACUUGUUUUUACCGUGGGGCAGUCUUCAGUUCUGUUCUCAGAAGUCGAGAUUUCUAGAUGGCCCUUUCCAUCAUGAUACUGAGGAUCCUCACAGCAUUCAGCGCCAUUCAGCUCACCAGUCAUGCAGAAAAGGUCAUCGCAGUAGUGCAGCCUCCGUUGCUCAUAGCCGAGAACAAAAGCGCUACAAUCUUCUGCAGCUUCACCUGUAACAACCGGCAGACAAAGACAUUCAAAGCGUCACUGUUGAAAGGGACAGCCAGGAAUGUGGAGGUGUGCUCAGUGGAUUGGAAUAAGACCUCUCACAAUUACAAUGAAAAUCUGAGCGAAAUCGGAUGCCGUACGCAGACCAACACGACAGCAGUGACGUUCAGCCUGUACAACCUGAGUGUCGCUCAUACGGAUAUUUACGUCUGCAAAAUCGAGGCUGUAUAUCCACCGCCAUAUCACCACAGCGAGGGUAACGGCACUGUCAUUCAUGUGAAAGAAGAACCUUGGAGGGCAGACGGACUAAAAUAUUCCAGUGCUAUGGCAAUAGGUCUUGCCAUUAUCGCUUGUUAUGGUGUGGCAGUAACAGGAGCUUUAGUCUACUGCUGGGUGAGAAGCAAGAAGAAGAGAUUUCCUCAGAAGGAUUAUCACAACAUGAUUUCCUGGCAGCUUAACAGUCCAAAGAGGAACAGUCAACCAAGCAUCCCAGCGAGGACUUAUACUACUUAUCGCUUUUGGGAGCCAUGAUGAAGAUUUAGGGACCGAUUUGGUAGCUCACACAGUGUGUGUAUUCUUGACCAUGGGACAAAUGAAAGAACAGUCUGGCCUUAGCUUAGAGUAACUGUGCUCAAUGGUUAUCUACAAGAAACAAGACACAUCUUGGGGGUUUUGUCAACGAAGGAUGGAAACUAUGGGUUACAUAUGAAAUGGAUGGUCGAAAAGAAGGGUAGGCACCAGAUAAAUGAAUUUAAGUUGCAUGACUCUAUCUCCUUUGCAAAUACAUACAGAUUUCAUCUGAGUUACUGAUCUUUCAUGGUGGUUUUUUAAAAAAAUCAUGAUCUUAGGAUUAUUAUUUCUCAUUCAAAUAAUGACGUGUAAAA